AUGGCCAUGCUUGCGUCCAAGACGCCGUUUCCAACGGCCAUGGGUUCUGGGACUGUCAACCCCAGCAGUGCUCCUCCCUCUGCCCUGCCAACCUCGCGACGAGUACCACUUAUGGCGUCCGGAUCACAAUCUUUCGCCAGCCCGACAGAGUCGGAGUUCUCCGACGCUGAUGGCCCCGACUCUGUCAAGAACUGGGACGAGGACAAGGUGUGCGACUACCUCCGAAGCAUCAACUGCGGCGACUACGAGAAGCUCUUCCGAAAGAACCAUAUCAAUGGCGAGAACCUUUUGGAGCUUGACAAGCAGACGCUUCAAGAGAUGGGCAUCGAGAAAGUUGGCGACCGCGUCCGUUUGUUUCUCGGCAUCAAGAAACUGAGAACAAAGGCGUACGCCAACCAAAAGAAGCGCAACCGAGACUCCUUUGCCGGACUUGACGUACUCUUUCCCUCCACCUCGGUCGACUCGACAAGAACGGAUCCACGGACGACUCCCACUGCUCCCACAAACAGGCGUUUCUCACGUCAAAUCGACUUGGCCGUCCCCAUUGAUGCCGCGCGGCAGCAACGGUUCCCCGCCGGAACUGGCUACCUGACGGGCGGCAGCACCACUGCGACGUCCUCGUCUAGAGUACCUGGCGGCUCUGAUGGCGCCCGUCUGGUACCAACUCACACGAGGAACAACUCCAGCAUGGAUGGGUCCCUGAUGGCGGCCUUGCCACAAAACCAAGAGGUCAUACGGGUCAUCUCGACUGGCGGCGUGACCAAGGUUGUCAAGAUUGCGGACUGCAACACGUGCGAGGAUGUCAUGCGCGUGACGCUCCGCAAGUUUGCCUUGCGCGAGGACCAUGAGCGCAACUACUGCUUCUGGGUUCUGGCUGGCAUCGACCCGGAUCCAAGCCAGUGCCGCCGUCUUGGAGACACGGAGCUGUGGCGCAUCAUCAAGGACCAGCGCCGGCCGGAGCGGAAUCGCCUCAUCCUGAGACGCGUACCCGCUGGAGAGCCUGGCGAGGCUGAGCUGCAGCGCGCGGCAGCUAUUGCUAUGGAAGAAGAGCAGCAAAAGCACAACCGAGCCCUCGAGACUGUUGACAAGAGGAGCCAGCUGAAGGUGCAAAAAGUCCUGGGAGAGAAGUGGAACGACCAACUGCAGCAGCCGCUGUCCCCUAUAUCCUUCCAAGACCGAGAGCGGAACCUGUCGCAAGCGGCCAAGGAACUGGAGCGUCCGCUGACUAGCGAAGCGCGGGUACCGCAGCGUCUGAGGGUCGGCCUGCGCCAAUUUGGUGGACUGCGGCCGCCAAGUGAGCUUAUCGCGUCCGACUUGACGUCGUAUUUCCCGGACCACCCUCGCGAGGACAUUGAUCGAACGGCACGCUUGUCUAUGCGACGCUCGUCCCGCUUGAGCAAGGUUAACAGCCGCCUGAGCGUCGCCAGCAGCCUCAGCUUCGCCUCCAGUGUCCAGGAUGCCCCUCCUAUCCCGACCAUUGCCGAUUCGUGGCUGAGUGGCACUGCUCACGUCGCCAAGGUGCGAGCUCGCGACUCUCAGGGACGACUUCCACAAAUAUACAACAGAGACUCGAUUGCGUCUUCGAUGCUCGACACCUUGCAGGAGGAGUCUCCCGUCGAGCCAAACCGCAAGUCGUACGUCUCGUUCACUGAAAGCGGUUCGGACAGUGCAGCGGUCAGCAUCACGGAUCCUGAUGGCAACACGAUGCGAACCAGCUAUUACGAUGGAGACCACUCCACCGGAUCGGGCUCCUUCCAGGAGCUCCAGCAAGCCUUGACAGACGACGGUGAGGAGGCGGACGAGGAACUGGAAAGCUUCCUCGCCGGAGAGUCAUGGGAUGACAACAAGUGGAUGAAGGGUGCCCUCAUCGGCCAAGGCUCCUUCGGCUCCGUGUACCUGGCGCUGCACGCGGUGACGGGCGAGCUGCUUGCCGUUAAGCAGGUCGAAGCGCCGGCCCCCGGUGCCAACAGCCAGAACGACAACCGCAAGAAGAGCAUGAUUGACGCCUUGAAGCGGGAGAUAAGCCUUCUGAGGGAGCUGCGACACCCCAACAUUGUGCAGUACCUGGGCUGCAGCUCGUCGGCCGACAAGCUCAACAUUUUCCUCGAGUACGUCCCCGGUGGCUCGGUCCAGACCAUGCUCAACUCGUACGGCGCCCUGCCAGAGCCUCUGGUGCGAAGCUUUGUGCGCCAGAUCCUCACGGGCCUUUCAUACCUACACAAUCGCGACAUCAUUCACCGCGAUAUCAAGGGCGCCAACAUCCUGGUGGACAAUAAAGGCACCAUCAAGAUCUCCGACUUUGGCAUCUCGAAGAAGCUCGAGGCGUCAAACAUCCUCAGCGGCGCAAACAACAACCGGCAUCGCCCGUCUCUUCAGGGAUCUGUGUUCUGGAUGGCGCCCGAGGUGGUCAAGCAGACGUCCUACACGCGCAAGGCCGACAUUUGGUCCCUCGGAUGCCUGGUUGUGGAGAUGAUGACGGGCAACCACCCAUUCCCCGACUGCAGCCAGCUCCAAGCCAUCUUCAAGAUUGGAGGUGGGAAGGCCGCGCCGACAAUCCCGGAGCACGCCAGCAGCGAAGCACAGGAGUUCCUUCGGCAGACGUUUGAGAUUGACCACAAUCUGCGCCCGAGUGCCGAUGAGCUGAUGCUGCACCCGUUCCUGACGCCCAUUACCUAG